GUGACCCUGACGUCAAUAAGCACGAGAACAAAACGCAGAAGGAAGAGAUAAGAGAAGAGAAAUUUGAAAGUAUGAUAGCAGCCAAGCAGCCGUCUUCAGUUCACUUUUUCCCAAUGAUGAUAGAUCUGGACAACAUGCAGAUACGGUUGUCAGAGUCACUUUCCAAUGAAAUACCGGUCAGCUUCUAUCAGAUCACUAGCGCCCGGAACAGUGGUCUAACCAUAUCCUCAGCAGGACGGCUUACUUCUAAAUCUACUAUCAUGAGCCUCUCCCAAGGAGAUACCAGCCUGGCAAAGCAGAGCUCAAACUUCAUGGCUCCAAAGAAACACCUAAUGAGCUUUGACUCAGCCACACUUGUUCUGGGGGAAGGAGAAGAUUAUUUUCUUUCUUUGUUUGGAGACUCGAGAAAACUCACGGCACGCUCUUCUCAAUCCGAGGAUGUCAUCAAACACCUGUCUGUGAUUCUCGAAGAAAUCGGCCAGUUUACAUCCAGUUCUCUCGAAGACAUCAAAAUAGCUGAUGUAAACAUCAAGGGAUUGUUCGUGCGGCUUGUUAACUCUUCUGAAGACAAAGAAGUGGAGAUUGGAAACCACAUUCUCCAACAGAAUGUGAACGGGCACGCAGUUUCCCUGUACCGAUUCCCCCACAACGUCACUAUGCAGGCCAGUUCCACGGUGACAGUAUGGGCAGCAGCAGCAGAAGCAAAGCCCGAGCCACCAACAGACUUUGUUUGGAAGGAACAGAACAGGUUCCGAUCCAGUCCUGACUGCACAACGAUCCUGUGCAAACCCAACGGUGAGGCGAUCGCCUGGUACACUCCGAUCCACUGGAAGCAAGCUUGGGAGAAGUUAGAGACCGACAUUGAAUUUGAGAGAUGCUCAGUAGUGAUUCCAACAGUGAAAAGCCAUCUGUUUGGGUGGAGAGUGGCAUCUGCGUCCUCCAUCAAUAAGGAAAAAAAGGAGUCAGCAAAGAGAGAGUCCUCCCAGUGCCAGAUAGGGCACACCUGCCCUGCUCUUAGGAGAGAAAAGGAAAUCUCGCCGACCGUUUUACCCAACCGGAGUCCUUGGUGCCGCAGUCCCUACGCCUCUCCGCAUCCCUACUGUUCGCUCAUCGAAUCAGAGGACUCAGACUUUUCCCAGAGCAGGUUGGGUGCGCAGCUGAAGCCUCAGCCAGCCAAGCCUGAAUCAGCCCCAGCCCCCGGUGAUGCAUCAGUUUCCAAAGUUCUGUCGCCAUCUCACCACCAUCUGCUGGCCACAGUGGUUACCGCUGGCUGCCUGUGCCGUGCCGAUCCUGUCUGCCCCGCUUCCUCCUAUUGCAUCACGGUGCACUGUGUGGGAAGCAUGGAGGGGCCAGCAGGCUGCGCUCUCGUCAUGCUGGUUAAAGACAUUACAUGGUUUAAAGGCAGCAGAUUGCCAGGGAGUAUCUACAAGUUUUUACCCACAGGCGAGACCAGAGCUCAGGCAGUCCCAGGCUGAGGCCUCCUGCCUAGACUUUAUAGAGGCCUCAGCCUGUUCAGGAGGAAAACAAAGCUGUGUCCUGUUUGUUCCAUUUUAAAUGUGUUACCUGGUUGCUGUAGGUCUGGGGUACACUUAGACAUUCCAAGGAAAAGCUAGCUUGGUGCCAAUAUAAAGGGAAUGAGAGGUGGAAACGUCUGGUAAACCUGUAACCUACCCUAGACUUCUGGUCUUUCUGUUCAAAGCUCAGGAUAAGCCAUUCUUGUAACACAGCUAGAGUCUUAGCAGUA